GUCCAGCUCCGCAUGAAUAAUUUCCCACCAAAUGCAGAUCAGGAACCAUUUCCCGCCCCUCCAUCAAAACAUUAGAGCUCCUCAUCUUCAGAUUUUGCAGCAUGGCUGGUCAGUCUGAUCCUCACGUCUCUCUUUUCUCUCCAGCAGAGAUUGAGUUUUUUGCGGAAGACGAGAUGGUAGACAUUGUUCCAAAUUUGAGAGUGGAAGCCCUAAACAUGAUUUGUGGUGACUAUGGUCCUUUUACUCCACAAAUUCCUGCAAAAGUGCCACUUUGGCUGGCAGUAGCUCUAAAGAAGCGUGGAAAGUGUGCAAUUCGACCCCCAGAGUGGAUGUCUGUUGAAAGAUUGACGCAGGUUCUUGAAGCGGAGAGGGAUUCUUCAAGAGAAUUUCAGCCAUUACCUUUCCACUAUGUCGAAAUAACGAAGCUUCUGUUUCAUUUUGCUCAAGAUGAUAUCCCAGAUAUGUACCUGGUGAAAUCAAUGGUAGAGGACAUCAGGGAUGUAAGGUUUCACAAAGUCGAACUUGGUUUGGAAACAUUUACCAAUCGUACACAAGCAGUAAAGCUGAAAAAUUUAUCAGCAAUGGAAGCCAACAUCAUACGCCCAUUCUCAGUGAGAGCAUUACAAGCAUUCUACAAGCACGAUAUUCCAGAUGUGGCAUCACAAACAGCAGCGACAGUCAACAGACCUUCGAUGGCUGAUAGGGGUCCAAGGCGUACCCUCCGGCCCCGCUAGAUGCAUGUAACUGUUGUGCUGGUGCUCUUUUCCUUGUUUUAUCAGGUGUAAGUCCCCUGUCUCUCCUGUUCUCUCAGCUCCCCCCUUCUCUCUCUCUCAUAUCACCUGACAUAAUUGCUUAAUUGUUGCUAAUCAAUGAAUGCCACCUUUUUGUUAUGGAUAUUGAUGUGUUUAUCUCUUACAUCAUCAUCAUCAUCAUCACAACCACACACUCUCUCUCUCGCGCAUAUAUUAUGAGCUUAAACGUGUGAGAUUAUGAUAAGCUUAUGCUUCUAGGCAGUGGCCAUUUGGGAUAAUAAAUUGGGGCAUUAUUGUCUGAAU